AUGACACACAGAUCCCCAGCUUGCACCGACCGGCCUGGCGACUUUCUGCACGAUGCUCCUGCGGUGGUCGAGGGGCGCUGGAACCACGUAGGAGGCGGCGGCGGCGGCGGCCGCGGGAGUGGCGGAGUCUCCGGCCCGGCCCAGAGUGAGCGAGCAGCGGGGCUCCAGGGCGCAUCCCAAUCCCCGCAGCGCCUCCUCCGCCGCCGCCGCCUCCUCCUUCCCCUCCUCCUGGCUUCAUUCACCCUCCCAGCAGCCGCGCAGCCGCUCACUCCCGGCGCCGGCGGGGCAGCGCCCGCCGCCGCUCCUCCGCUCCUGCCGCGCGGGCGCUGGCGGGGGCGCCGGCUCCGGGCUGGGGCGCUCGCGGGCUCGCGGCUCCGGGCGGCGGCCGCCGCACAUGAUCAGGAAGCGGCCGCACCAACAGGGCGGCGGUGGCGGCGGCGGCGGCGGCAGCAGGGCCGCCGCCGCCACUCCAGCCGCGCGCCCGGCACCCGCGCGUCGGCUUCCCCCCGCGCCCACCCCUCCGCGCCCCCCGCGCUCCCACCGCCCGGCGCCCGGCCGCGCGCAGAGUCCCGGCCCGUAGCCGCGCACCCGGCGAGGCCAGCCUCCGCCAGGGAGACCCCCCGCCCCGGGCUCCGAGGCCCAGGCGGCCACCCGCGGCGGGGGAGGGGGGAGCCCAACCCUCCUGCAGACCCACUCGCUCCGCCGCCCUCCGAGGGGAGAGGGCUGGGGAGGGUGCGGCGGAAGAGGAGGGCAGCGCGACCCCCGGCCGCCGCCGCCGCCGCCGCCGCCGCCGCCUACCCCUACGCCACCUCGAGGGAGGGGGACACGGUUCUCCGCACUCGCGGCCGGACCAGCAGCCGCCGGAGCGGGGCGCCGCCGCCGCUCUCCCCGCCCGCGCCCGCGCCCGCGCCCGCACCCCCAACCCGGGCGCGCCCCCUCGCCUGGCGGGCGCCCACCGGCCCGGCAGCCCCCUGCCGUCCGUCCCUGCGCCCCGAGCGGGGGUGUCGGCCCGGGAGGCUGGAGCGGGAGAAGGUUGUAUGUACACACACACACACACACACACACACACACAACACAACACAACACGACGCGUCGAUUUCCCUUCGCUCCUCUUCCAGCUGUUUUCUGUGCCGGCGACUGGGGUUUGGGGUUUGUUUGCUGGUUGUUGCUUUUGCCCCUCUCGGGAGAGCAGCGGUCUGCAAAUCUGCCUUGGGUACUGGAGUACCCAGCUCCCGCCUUGGAAGACGACCCGCGCGCUCCACUCGCAGCUAAUUCGGGAUCAUUAAUUUAAUCGGAAAUGAGGUAACCAGUGCAGGAGAUACAGAAAGCAAACCGAGCAUCAAAUGGCAGUUCUGGUGAAUCCACGCUGAAGAACUUCCUCUGCGCUCAAUUUUCAAGCGCGGUUCUCAACUGCCCACCACCCCGCCCCCUCCGCGUGUACCACCGCUGGGUGCUAGCAUCCUGGGGAGGAAAUCUUAUGUGGAAGGGUGCACCUUGCCAACAGGUGUGGCACCUGGAGGAAGAGAAGGCACAUCCAUGCGGAAGGGAGCUCGGUGCGGCGUUCUCCCUGCUGCAGAUAAUUCUGGAAGACCAGUAGGUGUCGGGGCAGCAUUUGACCUCUUUCAGGUGCUUAGAACCAAGUGUCUAGAAACACGAUCUUCCCACGUAAGUUUCUCUCUGCAAGCCACCACUAUUGACUGUAAGCUGUAUCUGAGAAACCUUUGGCUGAGUUUGCUUAUGACCUAACGGUUAGUCACCAACCGAAGCAGGGUACAGAAUCACCCAGAGAAAUGUGUCAGCUUUGAAACAACUGUAUCGUAGAGCCAACGUGCUCCAGAAAUAAAAAUAAGCCUGUUAACAACUA